AUGACAGACAAAAGAGAUCAUAAAAUGGCCGCAAAUGAAGAUUUGGGAUCAGUUGUGAGACGACAGAAAUCGGUGUCAUUAGACAAAUGGCCCGUAUUUUGUUUGAUGAGCGAAAAGUUUGUGCAAAACAUCCAUUCAUUCAUUAUAUACGGAGACACUGGAAGUGAUGUGAUUGUUGUGACCAAAGAGGAUGUGGUCUUUCAUAUGAAUGUCAAUAACAUCACCAAAACGUUAGAAUUGAAGCAAUUGAGUGGUAAGGGUAUCAUUAAAAUCACUGCGGGUUCGAAGCACUUGUGUGCCCUCACAUCGGCCGGUGAUGUCUACGCUUGGGGUGAAAAUAAUUACUGUCAGUUGGGAACUGGAAAUACUAAUCCAUCGAUACAUCCCUUGAAAGUGUCCCUCGAUUGUAAUAAUGAAAAGAUUGUUGACAUUGAAUGCGGUUCACUCCACACACUGGCGCUGACCGAUGCCGGACAUGUCUACACCUGGGGUUAUAAUUGUGAUGGCAAUGGCUAUGAUUAUGGUUAUGGUAAUCAAUCGACACCUAUUCAAGUGAUGGGAGGUCUCGAUGGAUGUCACGUGACAUCCAUUGUUUGCGGUGGAUAUCAUUCACUGGCCGUUACGGACACCGGGAGUGGUAAUGUCUAUUUGUGUGGACUUAAUGGUAAUGGUCAAUUGGGAACGGGUGAUAAGGUCACUAUGAGUUCCCCAUUCAAAUUAAACGCCAUCAACCAAUAUGGGCCUAUUGUAGACAUUGUCGCUCAUAUAAGCAACACUAUCUCAGCGGCGGUUACUGUCAAUGGAGAGCACUUUGUUUGGGGCGACUGUCGGCAACCAUUUGGCGAUUUGCUUACACCUCAAAUUGUAAACAUUGGAUCAAUUGAUGAUAUCAUUGGAUUGUAUGGCAAAAUACACGCGUGUUAUCACUCGACGACAAUUGGUGGCGAAGAAGUGGAUCCAGUGGUUAACAGUCUGUCCAAAGCCUUUGACGAUCCGAUUACAAGUAGUUUUAAGUUUGUGAUCGACGGCCACCCCAUACAUGUUCACAGAGAGUAUUUGAUUAUACGGUGCGAACGUCUCAACACUCUGUUAGACACCAAAUCCAAAGUACUUGAACUCAAAGAUUAUACUUACGAUGCGUUCAAAGCAUUUCUGCGAUAUCUCUAUACUAACGAAGUGAUUGUGGCGCCGGAUAUUGGGGUCGAGUUAUUAGGUUUAGCCGACACUUACGGCGAGACAGACCUGAAGCGGAAGUGUACGCGCGUUAUAUAUAAAGGCAUUGCCAUUGAAAACGUGGUGACCAUAUAUUUGGCGGCAGUCAAGCACUCGGUGCCCGAACUCCAGGACUUGUGCUUUAAUUACGUUAUGAUUCACUUUAAGGAAGUGUUUAAAACAAAUGCUUUCAAACGCAUGGAUAUUGACAUUCACAUGGGAUCAGUUGAGAGACGACAUAAAAUCAGUUCAUUAGACAAAUGGAAAGUAUUUAGUCUAAUGAACGAAGAGUUUGUUUAUAACAUCCGUUCAUUUGUUAUAUACGGAGAUAAAGGCAAUGAAGUGAUUGUUGUGACCAAAGAUGAUGUGGUCUUUCAUAUGAAUGUCAGCGAAAUCACAAAAAUGACAGAAAUCAGAGAAUUAAAGGCAAAAAGUGUGAUGAAAAUAGCCGUCGGUAAGAGUCACAGAUGUGCCCUCACAUCGGCGGGUGAUGGCUACGCCUGGGGUGACAAUAACUACUGUCAGUUGGGCUCCGGGACUACCAGUGCAUCGGAAACGCCAAUAAAAGUCAAUUUUCUCACUAGAAAAGAGGGUCCGAUUGUGGACAUGGAUUGCGGCGAUUGCCUCACUAUAGCCCUAACCAGUGGCGGACAGGUAUACGUUUGGGGCUAUAAUAAGUACGGCGAGUGCGGCACCGGAAACACCACAUCUGUCACAACACCUUAUAAAGUGAUGGCAGGUCUGAGCGGUUGUCGCGUGUCAUCCAUUGCCUGCGGUUUCUAUCAUUGUGUGGCCGUUACGGACGCCGGCCAUGUGGGCUAUAAUAAUAAAGGUCAGUUGGGUUUGGGUCACACCACCAGGCAAUCAUUGCCCGUUCAGAUCACAUACUUUAAUGGCAUAAAAGUGAGCAAGGUGGUCACCGGCUAUUAUCACACAAUGAUACUGUCAUACGAGGGCAGUGUCUAUACGUUUGGCAUUAAUUAUGGUCAAUUGGGAACCGGCGAUACCACUAAUCAGUACACACCAUACAAACUGGACAGCGCCCAACACCAUGGUCCUUUUGUCGACAUCGCUACCCAUAAGGUUUGCUAUAUCUCAGCGGCGGUUACCAUCACUGACAAGAUAUUAGUUUGGGGCGACUGUCCAAUCGGUGGCCACGAAGUGGUGGAUCCGUUGGUCAACAGUCUGUCCAAAGCCUUUGACGAUUCGAUAACCUGUAGUUUGCAGUUUGUGGUCGACGGCCACCCCAUACAUGUCCACAAAGAGUAUUUAAUAAUACGGUGCGAACGGCUUAGACCUUUGUUGGACACCAAUAAAACAGUACUUGUAAUCACAGACUAUACAUAUUCGGCAUUCAAAGCAUUUCUGCGAUAUCUGUAUACCAACGAUGUGUUUGUGGCGCCGGAUAUUGCGGUCGAGUUAUUAGGUUUGGCCGACACUUAUGAGGAGACAGACCUGAAGACAAAGUGUACUCGACUUAUAUGUAAAGCCAUUACCAUUGAAAACGUAGCCGUAAUAUAUGGGGCGGCAGUUAAACACGGGGUGCCGGCCCUCCAGGAUAUAUGUUUCAAAUACUCUGUGACCCGAUUCACAGAAGUGUCCAAAACAAGUGCUUUCAAUGCUCUGGAUAUUGAAAUUUAUAAGGAUUUCAUUCACUUGGGAUCAGUUGAGAGGCGACACAAAAUCAGUUCAUUAGACAAAUGGAAAGUAUUUAGUCUAAUGAACGAAGAGUUUGUUCAUAACAUCCGUUCAUUCGUUAUAUACGUAGAUAAAGGACAUGAAGUGAUUGUUGUGACCAAAGAUGAUGUGGUCUUUCAUAUGAAUGUCAAUAAUAUCACACAAAUGACUGAAUUGUCUGAAUUACGGUCAAAGGGUGUCAUCAAAAUAGCCGUCGGUAAGAGUCACAGAUGUGCCCUCACAUCGGCCGGCGAUGUGUACGCCUGGGGAGACAAUAUUUGGAGUCAGUUGGGCACCGGGACUACCAGUCCAUCGAAGACACCACUGAAAAUCACAUUCAAUUCAUUAAGAAAAACUGAAAACACGAUUAUAGACAUCGAUUGCGGUGAUUCUCUCACUUUGGCGCUGACCCGUACCGGAAAGCUCUACGCCUGGGGGGACAUAAUUUGUACGUUGGGUUUGGAUAAGACCGAUAACAUAAACCUGCCUGUUCAGAUACCAUAUUUUAGUGAUAUAAAAGUGAGCAAGGUGGUGGCCGGCUAUUACCACACUAUAAUCUUAUCAAAUGAUGGCAGUGUUUACACUUUUGGAUAUAACCGUGGUCAAUUGGGCACUGGUAACACAACAAAACAAUUGUCGCCAUUCAAGCUGGAUAGUGCCAAUCACCAUGGUCCGUUUGCAGACAUCGUUACACAUAAGGAUAACUAUAUUUCAGCGGCGAUUACCAUAACUGGCAAAAUAUUAGUUUGGGGCGAAUGUCGGUAUCCAUUGGAUGUAAAGAAUCCGAUGGCCAACAGUCUGUCCCAAGUAUUCAACGAUCCGAUAACCAGUAGUUUCCAGUUUGUGAUCGACGGCCACCCCAUACAUGUCCACAGAGAAUAUUUGGUUAUGCGAUGCCAACGACUCAGACCUUUGUUAGACACCGAUAGCUCAGUACUUGAGAUAACAAAAUAUUCUUAUCUGGCAUUCAAAGCAUUUUUACAAUAUCUGUAUACCAACGAUGUGUUUGUGGCGCCGGAUAUUGCGGUCGAGUUAUUAGGUUUGGCCGACACUUACGCCGAGACAGACCUCAAGCGAAAGUGUACUCAACUUAUAUGCAAACGCAUUACCGUUGAAAACGUUGCCCUAAUAUACGGGGCGGCAGUUAAACACGGGGUGCCGGCCCUCCAGGAUAUAUGUUUCAAAUACUCUGUGACCCGAUUCACAGAAGUGUCCAAAACAAGUGCUUUCAAUGCUCUGGAUAUUGAUACUUACAAGGAUUUCAUACGUAAGGCAUCACUAAAGGGAGCCUUACAUUAA